AUAAUUUAUUUUCUCUUAUCUUGCUUCAUAUCAAAGAACCAGAGUGUCAACAAUUUUGUCCUGCGAUAUACGCUCCAGUAUGUGGAUCAGAUGGAAAGACAUAUGAUAACAUGUGUUUGUUGGAAGUGGCUGAUUGUGAGAGUGAAGAAAAUAUCACGAAAGUUCACGAUGGUCCUUGUAGUGAGUAAAAUGCUUUUUAAAUAUAAUUUUAAACAAUUUAGAUAAAUUUCUUUCUUAAUUAAAAUUUUUUUUUAUAUUAACAUAUUUCAUUAAAUAAUCCCCGAGCCAACGGCGCGGGACGAGGGUACUAAUUACGCCCGGCUAUUUACACCCGGGGGGAAACGAAAGCAUUAGCGAGGUCUAAAGUUCAUCAAUGAUUGCGGGCGUGGGUGACCAACGGUGUUGAGUGGGUGGUCAUCCUCACUGAUCUCAAAAUAUGUGGCGGACUGUUAUCAAGAGCCAACACUGAUUGGUCAAAUUUAAAAUUUAUUGUUGUAUGACAAAUGACGGCAGCGAAAUAACAAACAUUUCUUGCAAAUCAGCAAAUAUAUUGUAUUUUUGCAAGAUUUUGCAAACUUCAAAACCUUUUUGAGAGCCAAAAACCGUCUAAAAGAAUGGAGCGAAGUCGCCGACGUUAAUGAAGGAAAGUUUUUUUAAUAUUGAUGUAUUGUUUGCCGUAUAAUUGCUUUAAAAACUGAUAUGAUCGUUGCGUAUAUAAAUGACAGCAUAUAAUUUCAGUGUAUUUUUAUUAAUUACCCUUUUUUUGUAUAUUAAAAUAUUUAAAUAAAGAGGAAAGCGAAGUUAUCAUGCAAGAAUUUGAAAUCAGUUUAUUUCAAUUUCCAAAGACCAAACUCACAGUUUUUAUCGAUGAAAGGCCGUUUAGUUUUAAGAAUAUUUUAAAACGUUUUGCGAAGCGUUUGUGGUUGAAUAUUUUACAUUUAAUUGAAGCUUAUAUUACGUAUAAUACCUAGCAUGUAUAUGUUUGGGAAAUUGAUAAUUUAAUUUGUAAUUAAAAGUGAUAUUUUGGGGGAUUUUUUAAUUUUAAAACUAUUCUUAAAAUGAUCGUGUUACCAUGACAAUACUCCAUGUUUGGAAAACAUAAUGGUUUUGUCAGCAAGGCGAGGGUUUCUGCAUGCAUGUAUUUCUAGUUAAAGUGUUUAUCCCAAAAACACAAAUCGAGGGGACUCACAGAAGUUUAUAUAAAAGUAUAUAUGGAAAAAAGAUAAGAGAGGAAACACGUACAUAGAGCAUUAGCAAAGAUAUAAGAAAAAAGAAACAAUAUACAUAACAUACAACAUCACACUGGGCUGAGGACUUCACAAAUACCACACACAAAUACUAUAAUCAUUUAUUUACAAGUCAAUUUUAAUUUAUGAGGCGACAAGAGAAAAGCGAUUUGUUGAAAGAAUGUAGCUUUGUACUUCUUUAAAGAAUUUACGAUUAUCAAAAUAAUUUAAUUCUUGAAUGCCAUUAAGGAUAUAAAAUACCUUAAUUCCGAUCCAUCGCUAGUGCCUACUUUCCGUCCACCUUUAACCACAUAUCCGCUUGGCAGAGGCAAGAAAUAAAUUGCGUUGAGCAGCAAAACGGGAACAAUUCAGAAAAUAAUGUUUUACAGAUUCAGUUUUCCAUUCCACAAUGACAAGGAAGCGAAGACAGACGAUUGAUUUUAAUUAAACAAAGGCUUUGACUGGUCUCGUAGUAUUCAGCAGCACAGAAAACCGAGCUCAACCUGACAAACAGUUUGCCGAUGGUGCUUUAAUAUAUGCAGGGAAGCGAUAAAUACUCAUUCAGACCAUGAAAUUAUUAGGCAAUCUCAAUCGAGUGUGUAAAAUUGAUGCUCGACGAGUAAGAGAAACAUCAAACUGAAUUUUAUUAUACAUGCACUAACGGACAGAACAUGCAUGCAUUGAUUUAAUUUUAACUUUAAAUGUAUCAAGCAAAUUCAAAUGUCUUAUAUCAGUGCUUAAAGAAUUCCAUUGAUUAAUUGUUGAAGGAAAAACGAUUGUUUAAAUUUUACUGUUCGACAUGAGAUAGAGCUAACAUUUUCACUCGAACGAAGUGAACGACGAGCCCUUUCUACAACAGUAUUAGGUAAUAAAUCAACAAGAUACGCUGGAGCUAGAGAUGCACUUAGUAAUUUUGUAGAAAUAAACUUAAUUUAUGUAAUUUUCUCCUAUCACUGAGAUUCUCUCAUGCUAGCUCAUUCAACAGAGCUAUAGCACUACUAGCACUUGUGUCUUUAAUCGCUCUGGCCACAACUUUAGCUGCAUCAUACUGAACAUGUUCCAAUAAUUUUGCUUCCUCUUCACUACAAUUCAAUUGCCCCAUAUUACAUCUCCAUAAUCCAUCAAUGGCCUUAUCAAACAUUUUUAUAAACAAGCUAAAGUAGAUCUAUUAUAACUUUAUAUUUGAGUAACCUCAACGUAUUUUUAUCUUGUUAAAGUCUUUUCACUAAUAUUUUGAAUAUGACUCCGCCACGACAUAUUAUUUUGAAGUAUAUAAGCAGGGUGUCAUCAGCAUAUAUAUAAGUGGACUGGAAUCAAGAUCUGUAGUAAUAUCAUUUAUAUAAAUAAGGAAUAACAGUGGUCCAAGGACCGAACCCUGCAGAACACCAGAUUUAACUCCGGCCCAUUCCAAUGAAUGACCUUCAAUAAUAAUACGCUGCUUUCUGUCUCUGACAUAGCUUUCUAUCCACAUUAAUAAAGUGUUUCUAACGCCCAAUGUCUCGCGUUUUUUAAUUAAGCCCGCAUGCCACAAUCUAUCAAAAGCUAAAGCUUUACUUAUAUCUAGAAAAACUAUACGAACUUCUUUACCGCGGCGUCAAGCGCUAAAUAAAUUUGAUGAAUAAUGUAUAUCAACUGAUUAACUGUAGAAUUUCCAGGUCUGAAACUCGAUUGAUAUUUGUAUAGAAAACCAAUUUUCAAUAAAAAAUUACAAAGGCUUAUAAAAACGCGUUUUUCACAAAUUUUCGAAAGCGAUGGCAACAAAGAGACAGGACGGUAAUUUACUAUUUGUUGGCGAUCUUCCUUUUUAAAUAUCGGAAUUACAUUUGCCAACUUCCACUGGGAAGGGAAUUUACCCAAUUUGAAAGAUAAAUUAAUGAAUUUAGAAAAAAUCUAUAAAAUCCUUCACAACAAAUGUGAAUAAUUUUAUUUCCUACCCCCUCAUGACCACAUGCAAGCUUUAGAUUUAUCAACAUUUUUCAUUAAAACGAAAACUUCUUCAGGGGUGGCUAUAAUAUCCGAAAGAUAUUUAGAUGUUUGAAACGGUUCACGAUAUGGGGGAAAAUUAGCUGAGCCAACCAUGCAACUCCGUUUGUGCAAUAAAAUAACCAUUAAAAAUACGUGCUUUAUAUGUACUGGAUCCGUUAUCGAAACAUGAUUUUCGAUUAUUGUUGGUAUGGAAGAGGGUCGAUUAUUGCCAUAUAUCUGUUUUACAAUUGCCCAGCACCUUGUUUAAGGUAGGAUCACUCAGAUCUGAAUUCAAAUUUUCAUAAUAUGAUUUUUUUUCAUAUCUAAUUAGACAGGUAGUAUAAUUAUGUUGUCUGCGAUAACGCUCCCACGAAUUUAGCGUGGGCUUUUUAUUAUGUAUUUUAAGAAAUAGAUUACGUUUACGAAUAGACAAACGAACGACCAUUCAUCCAUGGUUUAUCAUUUGGUCUUAUAGUCACUGUUCUAAAUGGAAUAUGUUUCUCUAUUAUACACUAACGAAAUUUCCGAUACCAUUUUUCAUAUAUCACAUCUACAGUGUGUAUCAAAAUAAUUCGAAUCCAAAUUUGGCGUGUAAUAACGCAGAAUAUAUUUGACAAAUUCGGUUGGUUUUUACACCAUUGUUAAGUUCAUUUAUUUAUCUUUCAAAUGACAUGCUGUACGCGACAUUUAGUUGGAAAAUGAAGGAGUAUUGCUUUGACAAAAAAAGUCCAUAAAAAUCACAAUUUUCCGCCGAUGGGAAUUGGACAUUUUUUCUUUCAAAGUUAGUCCCACAAGGCUUUGAAAUGCUAAUCAUCACUGAAAACUAUAAUGCAAAUUUAACGCGAAUUUCUUCUCGUUCAACAUGUUGAAAGCAUAGGAGCUUAAAUCUCUUUAAAUGAACAUGAAUUUAUGUAAAUUUUGCUACAUAACAGUUUGUUGAUUAAUUAAAUUUGCAUUAUCUUUUGUUUGUACGUCUCACUUCGAAUUCCCAUCGGCGGAAAAAUUUGAUUUCGAGCAACCAGUUUUAACACACGAUUUCUUGGUCAUUUUUGAUCUUAUUGGUAUAAGAACGAUAUAAUCGGAAACCUAAUAGGCUAUUCUUUAUUGCCAUAUAAAAAUUAUAUGGUUUACUUUAGUAUUUUAUAAACAGCAGUCUGUCAAAUUUGCAUUCGAAUUAUUUUGAUACACACUGUAUAUCAAAUCAUUUUCUAAUAGGGCAGGGUGACCAAUUUGCUUGUUCAAGUUUGCAAUUAUAAGAUUCACAACAUCAACAUUUCGGCUAAAAUUCCACACAUCCCUUUUAAAACAGGGAAAUUUAUAAAAAUGAAUAUUCAUCAUUUCGCCAUAAAUUAUUGAAUGGUCACAGGUUGACGGAGAACUGAGAGUCCCUGUGUUUAAGAAAUCAUCAAAAUGAGAAACCAUGCUAUUACUUAUUAAUAAUUUACAUAAAAAUGUACGAGACAAUUGUAGUUUUAACUUUCGCGUUUAAUAUAGCGAACAUUCCACCGGCAAAGUUUUCCUGGCUUUGUUAUAUCACAUUAUACAACGCUAACAGCUUGAAAAUUUCACUCUACUAUGUAGUUUUUGUUAGUCUUGCUUAAGGUAAAUGCUUUUCCAUUUAAAAAUAAAGAUAAAAGCCAUAUUUUUCACGCGAAGGCAACUUUUACUUUAUGUAGCGCGGCGCCAUGUUUGUUUUGUUUUGAAGCAAUCUGUGACCGUUAGUCCGUUACUUCUUUAAACUGAAUUGCUUUAAACUGAUUGGUUGAUUUAAUCAUCACAAUGUUUUUCCGGCCAAUCAGAUCAGUUUGUUACAGAUUUUUGCAUUGUGAUUACAGAAAAUUGCACUGUGAUUACAGAAAAUUGCACUGCUGUUUGGAAGUAACUGCACUGAAAUCAACCAAUCACAGUCGAGUAAUAUCUUUAUGUAUGAAAUCUGCUGUGUUGGUGUAAUGUACUCAGGUGAAUAAGAUGUUUGUGUGAUGUUACUCUGAGUGUAUAUCCACACCGGGCAGGCUUGAAAAAUAUGCCUGGCCACGGCGGGAUUCGAACCUACGACCUUUGGAAUACUAGCCCAAUGCUCUUCCAACUGAGCUACGCGGUCAGGACGGUUCGAGUAAGCGAUAUUUCGGAACUGAGUCUAGCACUGAUAUCGAAGGAACUAGACUCAGUUCCGAAAUAUCGCUUACUCGAACCGUCCUGACCGCGUAGCUCAGUUGGAAGAGCAUUGGGCUAGUAUUCCAAAGGUCGUAGGUUCGAAUUCCGCCGUGGCCAGGCAUAUUUUUCAAGCCUGCCCGGUGUGGAUAUACACUCAGAGUAACAUCACACAAACAUCUUAUUCACCUGAGUACAUUACACCAACACAGCAGAUUUCAUAAACAUUAGAUUACACUGAUAUCGAAGGAACUAGACUCAGUUCCGAAAUAUCGCUUACUCUAACCGUCCUGACCGCGUAGCUCAGUUGGAAGAGCAUUGGGCUAGUAUUCCAAAGGUCGUAGGUUCGAAUCCCGCCGUGGCCAGGCAUAUUUUUCAAGCCUGCCCGGUGUGGAUAUACACUCAGAGUAACAUCACACAAACAUCUUAUUCACCUGAGUACAUUACACCAACACAGCAGAUUUCAUAAAUAUUAGAUUACACUGAUAUCGAAGGAACUAGACUCAGUUCCGAAAUAUCGCUUACUCGAACCGUCCUGAUCGCGUAGCUCAGUUGGAAGAGCAUUGGGCUAGUAUUCCAAAGGUCGUAGGUUUGAAUCCCGCCGUGGCCAGGCAUAUUUUUCAAGCCUGCCCGGUGUGGAUAUACACUCAGAGUAACAUCACACAAACAUCUUUAUGUAUAUUAUUAUAACAUAUAACAACAUUUGAAUUACCGCCUAAUAUAUGUGUCAUACAGUGAUUAUGAAGUCUUUCUUGUAAAUAACUAUAAAUAUUAAUAUCUAGUUUUUCAGUAUAUAACUCCUCCUAGUAUAGUAUAAUACUGUUUUUAAUUAGGAGUAUUUCAUUAAAGCAUUAAAGCAUUAAAGCCGCACACAUACAAGACCGUUUGUGUCAAAUGUCACAAAGCCCGUCCUUUGGAUUCACUCAGUGACACUUUGUGCUGCUGGUGCCCUUUCUUUGUUGUUUUUUGUUGUGAUGCACUAUUUAGUGUUUAACCCUUUGUAUACAAUAAAUUUCUAUGUAUUUUACAACUCACGCGGGGAAUCCGUUAUUGGAGCUUCGGCUCUGUGGGUGCGUUUUUGUUAUUCUGUAAUUCUAUUUUCUUUUAUUUCAUUUUAAAAUAAAAGAACCAAAGUGUCCAGGGAUCUGCCCCCAGGAAUAUGCUCCAGUAUGUGGAUCUGAUGGAAAAACAUAUCCCAGUGAAUGUGGGUUGAAAGUGACUAUUUGUAAAAAUGGAGGAAAUACCACGAUAGUUCACAAGGGACCUUGUUAUAGUAAGUAAAAAAUCUUUAUUUACUAUUUUUUCUUUCCAAUCGCUCGCUUUGAAUUUAGAUUAAACUGUAUUUGUUCGUUUGAAUUUUCCGAAAAUAUUGAAAUGAGAGGAAUUUUACAUUUCUUGCACGCUUUAUUUAUUUCUAUAUUUGUACGUUUGUUAUGUUUUGUUUUACUAAAUUUAAAUUAAAAACGAACAAAAACCAAAAGAACUCGACGAUUGUCGUUUAAUCAAUAUCUGCAAAGCAGAUGCAGAUUUCGAUUAAAAAUUUACAUAACCUUUAUAGUUUCAAUAUUAUUAUUUCGGCAACAACUUACCAUAUUUAAAGUUUGUUCGUACGUUCAGGGCAGUCGUUUUCUUUGGCGAGGACUUUGGUAAACUUAAUAUAUAAAUGAUACUUUAGAUUCAUUUCUCAGUAUUAUUACUAAUAUAAAGCAUUGUAAAUCAGAUUUUUCACUCAAGCUACACUUAACAAUAUUGAAUUGAAAGAAUUUUAAACAUUGCUGAUUGAUUUCUGUCAAUGCGACGUAGUAAACUAUAUGUGAAUCAGAUAGGGAAACCCAAUAAUUUUUUAUGGCAUUGUGUGCAUUUAUGUGUAUGAUUGUCUCCAAACUAUUUGUAUAUAUAUUUUUGUUAGAAACCAGAUAA